AUGUCUUACUCUCUCAACAUCUCCAUUUCUGAAACCGAGGACCCAAGUCACGCUCACGACCACUCUGAUCCAAGUAUGUCUCAUCACCAAGGCGGCGGCGCCCAUGACGGCAGUCACGGCGGCAAUGACCCAUCUCAGCAUGGAGGUCACGACCAGGGAGACCAGUCUGGACAAUACGGCGGUCACGAUGACAGCCAUUGCGGACACCCCAGCCACCCACACGGUUGCGGAUGUCCAGCUGACCAGCACUGCGGGCACCCAAACCAUCCCCACGGAUGCGGAUGUCCAGCGGACCAGAGCGGCGGCCAUGAUGGCGGGCACUGUGGGCACCCAAACCAUCCCCACGGUUGCGGAUGUCCCGCGGAUCAGAGCGGCGGCCAGGGCGGCCAGGGCGGGCAACACCACUGCGACCCAGCCCAGCUGCACCAGGAAGUACAGCAACUGGCCCAGAAGCACUCGUCGUCCAGCCAGGACGACUCUCAGCAGCACGACCCGUCUCAACACGGCGGUCAUGAUCAGUCCCAAGAUGAUCCGAACGACCCGGCCAGCCACAAACGCGGGAAAGCCCUACUCAACCUACUCAAGCACGUCUCCCAGCACGCCGAUAGCACCGGUGACGAUGAUGACGACCACAAGGACAGCAAAGACGACGAUGAAACGAAACACACCACCCACACCACCACCGACACGCACACCGUGGCCAAGACCUCGAUCAAGACGGUCAAGACCGCUUUGGACACGACUUCUACGGACGAUGACAAACAACCCGAGCCCAUCGACCAUCAGGAACUUCAGGAUGAUGUUCAUUGGGCGAAGCAGAGCCACCAGUGCGACAAUAUCCUCGGCUUCUUCAGCACCCUGCAAACCACAACGAUCACAGUAAGCUUCAGCGAAGACGUGCAAACUGCCAUUCAUACCGUCAACCAGACUUCUGGCAGUGGUGCUGACGAUGCUGGUGAAGGUGGCGACGAUCAAGGCUAUGGCGAUGAUGACCAAGGUUAUGGCAAUGACGGUGGUGAGGGUGGCGACGAUCAAGGCUAUGGCGAUGAUGACCAGGGCUAUGGUGAUGACCGCGGCGACGACGGCGCCGAGGGUGGAGAUGACGCUCAGCACGAUCACCACGGUCAUGGCGGCUAUUGA